AAAAGAAGAAAAGAUCAAGGAACCAAAACAAUUCAACAAGCAGACGUCAAACAUUAACUAGCCACGAACUCAGAACUAUCUCACUGCAGACGAACCCUGGCCCCCGAACCGUAGGACAGAAAACCUCUACAAAACUUAUCAAGACAGACAAGAAGCGCACUACAGAAUCCUAUCGGAAUCCCCCACUCCGUACAACCAUCCAUAUAAUAUUCCCUUCAUACCCUUGUUGUCCUUGCCUUCUCAUCCCCUGGAGUGGACUCGUGUCUUAGAUAGAUAUAUAUCUUGACUUCUGCAUCCAAAGAGAAGAGGAAGUCUUCUGCAGAACCCAAGAAGAGGAAAUCUGUUGGUGUUUUUCAGUAAUGGUGAAAUCAAGCGAUAGUGGGGUGGCUCCUUUCUUGAAGAAAUGCUAUGAAAUGGUAGGUGAUGAGUCAACAAAUUCGAUAAUCUCAUGGAGCCAAACCAAUGACAGCUUUGUCAUAUGGGACAUGACUGAAUUCUGUGUCCACUUGUUGCCCAAGUACUUCAAGCACAGCAAUUCUUCUAGUUUUGUCAGACAGCUCAAUAUCUACGGAUUUAGAAAGAUUGAUACAGAUCAUUGGGAAUUUGCAAAUGAUGGAUUUAUCAGAGGGCAGAAACAUUUGUUAAAGAAUAUCAGCAGGAGGAAAAAUUCACAGGGCACAGACAAUCGAAAAUUAGUGCAGCAGCAGGACAACUCCGUUGAACACCAUGAAAGUGUUGAAAAUGCGGGUCUCUGGAAGGAAGUUGAGAACCUAAAGACAGGUAAAAUUGCACUGACGCAGGAGUUGGUUAAGCUCAGCCAGCACCAGGAAACUGCAGACAAUAAGUUGCUCCUUUUGAGGGAUCGGCUUCAGGGAAUGGAAAAGAAUCAGCAGCAGAUGCUGUCUUUCUUAGUGAUGGCAAUGCAAAAAAGCCCAGGGUUUCUAGCUCAGCUGCUACACAAAAAGGAAAAUAAUUGGCGGAUGGCUGAGCCAGGAAGCAUUGUGGAACAGGUUGCAGAUGAUGCUGACCCAUUGGCUUCUGAGGGGAUGAUAGUAAAGUACCAGCCACCAGUGGAUGAGACAUUUGAGCCCAUGCAUGCACCACCGAUUGGUCCAGAAAAUCCACGAGAAUCUAACCCAUCUUCGGAUGGGAUGAAAGAUUUUUUUUUGAGUUCAGAAUUCACGGAGCUGCUUAUGGAUGAAAAUUUGGGUUUUGAAAAUCACGCCCCAUUCGUUCUACCAGAAUUAGCAGAUGAUGGUGCUUGGGAGCAGCUGCUUUUAGCCAAUCCUUUUGUUGCAAACAUUAAAGAUUCCGAAACAGAUUAUGAAGAGCCCACUGAUGCUGAAACUGAUACAGGAACAGCAGUUCCAGGAACACAGCUGGACAGAUCUCAAGAUUUUGAAAAUUUAAUUGAACAAAUGGAGAAGUAUCAUAACUUGGAAAACCAAGCUACUGAUGAAGGUCCUCACUUCGAGAAGCCUCGGAACUUGGAAAUUCUAACUAAGCAGAUGGGUCUUUUGGCUUCUGAGACAAACCACUAACAUACCGUACAAUGGAAAACUACAUAGAAAGUUGUAUGGAUAUUGGAUAGGUAAUUUUAACUAGACAAAAUUUGUGGCGCCGGAGCAUGUCUUCUCCGCACCUACUGUGACCAAUUGCAUGCAGUGUUUUGUUCCAUUGAAAAUGACGUCACACAUUAUAUAUUGUAAACUUCAACAAUGCUAUACAGUCGAUGCAUAUUGUUACUUAAUAGAUUCGGUAUUCUAAGA